AUGUCUGAAAAUAAGCUUUUUUGCGCAAUAGUUUUCUUAACUUCACUCUUCUGCUCGACAUGCUCACAGGGGACACGGUUUGUUCAUUCAGCUGCUCUGGAUGCGGAGAGGAGAUACAACAUUAAGUGGGGAUUUGACGAGUCCACGAUAACUUUUGAGGUAGAAGUGGAAACGAGGGGGUAUGUGGGAUUCGGUUUGUCACCCACCGGUGCGAUGUCUUCGUCUGAUAUCGUUAUAGGCGGUGUGCUCAACGGAAGCCCAUAUCUGCUGGACUACUUUACAGAUUCUAACAGAAAGGUCCAUAGAGAUCCACUCCAGAACUACGAGCUGCUAUACGGCAGAGAGAAUGACACACAUACAGUCCUGGCUUUCAGCAGAAACCUCCAGACCUGCGAUGACAAUGACAAAAUCAUCACGGGCAGUACAGUGAGAGUGAUCUGGGCGUUCCAUACGGAGGACGUGGGAGAGUCAGGACUGGUCUACCAUGGGAUGAACAGAGGCAGAAAGAGUCUGCGAUUACUCAACCCUGGAACCGGCUCCAGCAUCCCAGCAGGAACAGCUUUCUUUGACCUUCAAAACAAGGAGGUUCCUGUUCCUCAUAAGGACACGACGUACUGGUGUCAGAUCUUUCGAUUUCCAGAGAUGAAGAAAAAGCAUCAUGUAAUCAGAAUUGAGCCGCUGAUUCAGAAGGGUCAUGAGAAUCUGGUUCAUCAUAUUUUGCUCUACCAGUGCGACAGUAAUCUGAACAAGAGUGAGGUCAACAGAGGUCAUGAAUGCUACCAUCCAAAUAUGCCAGACUCCUUCUUAACUUGUGAAACUGUCCUGUUUGCCUGGGCUAUUGGAGGGGAGGGUUUCACUUAUCCUCCGCAUGUUGGGAUGUCGAUAGGAACGUCGAUAGACCCAGUCUAUGUGCAGCUGGAGAUUCACUUUGAUAACCCAUCUUUACAAGGAGGGAUAGUGGACAGUUCAGGUCUGCGAUUGUACUACAGCCCCAGCCUGAGGCGCUACGAUGCUGGAGUCAUCGAGACAGGAGUUUGGGUCAGUCUCUACCAUAUGCUGCCUCCAGGCAUGACGGAUUACAUUACAGAAGGACACUGCACACAGGAGUGUCUUCAGGAGAUGCCCAGCGGAGUUCAUGUGUUUGCGGUUCUGCUCCACGCUCACCUGGCAGGACGGGCUAUCACAGCCAGACACUUCCGGCAGCAGCUCGAGCUCCAGCCACUGGCCUCAGAUGAUCAGUUUGAUUUCAACUUCCAGGAGUUCCAGCCGCUCAGCCAGGAGAGACUCAUCUUGCCUGGGGAUUCCUUAAUCACUGAAUGUAGAUACAACACUAAAGGCAGAAUGAACAUGACUUGGGGAGGUCUCAGUACACGGGAAGAGAUGUGUUUGUCGUUUCUGCUGUACUAUCCCAGGGUUAACCUCGCCAAGUGCGAGAGUUUACCAGAAAUCGCCGGCCAGCUCAAAUUCAUUGGGGUUACAGAGAUCCAGGAGCCUGUUACAACUUGGCCAUUUGUGAUUAAGAGCCCAAAGAAAUACAGUAACCUGUCCUUCACUGAGGCCAUGGACAAAUACAAAUGGUCGAUGAAGAAAGGAAAAUCAUUCAAUGACAUUGUACGGAAACUCCCGAUGAAUGUCCGCUGCUCUAAGACUGGACAGGAUGAGUGGUCGAUUCAAGGGAUGAUCGUGUCUCCUCCAGAGGUGAGGUCAGAAAAGACGUCCACUGCUGUCGUGGCCUGUAGGAAAGACUCAGCCAUUCAAUGUGAACAUUCCCUCGCACUUCUGCUCACUGCGUGUCUCUUGCUCAUACUACAGACCUGUUUACACCUCUAA